UACAUGAUGCUGCAAUGUUAAAACUAUCCUUUCCGUCUGUUGCUCGAGGCUGGGCUCAACUACCUGCUGCUUCAACUUCAAAAGUGCUUGCUGUUACUUGCUCUAGGAAAUUGUCAACUGAUGAUGGUUACAUUCACAGGUCUCUCGUACCAACUGAGCAUUAUCAGAAGUCCCUACCUCGUUUACCAAUCCCAAAACUAGAAGACACCUGUUCACGUUACCUGGCAGCUUUAGAACCAAUCUUAACUACAUCAGAAUACAAGGACAGUGAGAAGAUUGUCAACGAAUUUCUGAAUGGACAAGGCAAAGAGCUACAAGCACAUUUGGUUGCAGCAGACAAACAGAACAAAAACUCUUCUUUCAUCCACCAACCUUGGACUGAGGUUUAUCAAAUGGACAGAAGACCUGUGGUUCUUAACCACAACCCCUUUUUGGGAUUUGUGGACGACCCAGAUCCAACACAAAACACUCAACUCAACCGCACAACAAAUCUGAUUUUAUCUUCUUUGAGAUUUUACAGGACGUAUAGAGCUGGUCUCCUUGAGCCAGACAUUUACCAUAUGAAUCCUGCUAAAAGUGACUCUGACAGGUUCAAGAAAUUGAUCAGAUAUGUUCCUAAAUCUUUAUCUUGGUAUGGAGCUUAUCUUGCCAAAGCAUUUCCUCUUGACAUGAGGCAGUACCCAUACCUGUUCCAAUCUACUCGGGUUCCUAAGAGAGGAAAGGAUGAAAACAGGAGGUACCCAGACUCCAAACACAUUGUUGUUAUUCACAAGGGUCACUUCUACAGUAUUGAUGCUCUGGAUAGUAACGGGGAUAUGCUUGAUGGUGGGGUUAUCAAAUCAAGUCUUGCUCAAAUUUUAGAGGAUCCAAGGGAAGUUAAUUUCAACUCUAUUGGUUACUUUACUUCGAUGAAUAGAGACUCUUGGGCUGACAUCAGGGAUGAGUUGGAAUCACUCAACCCUGAACUCAUUCAUAAAAUUGAUAGUUCAAUGUUUGUGCUGUGUCUUGAUGAGUAUGAUGUUGCGAAAAGAGCACCUGGUACUGAGAUUAGUGUAGCAGAUGCAAUCCCUCUCAUUAAAAAUGGGUUACACGGGGAAGCUUACAACCGGUGGUUUGACAAAUGUUUUAACAUGAUUGUGACAAAAAAUGGGAAAGGUUCCAUCCACUUUGAACAUUCCUGGGGAGAUGGAGUGUCGGUAUUGAGGUAUUUUAACGAAAUUUAUAAAGAUUCAAUAGCAAAGCACCAUGUGGGACCCACUGAAGGAGGAAGUGCUGUGAAACUGGAUCCUGAGCUGUCUCCUAAUCUGAUUCAAGCAUUAGAAAAUGCUCGAGGAGAUUUCGAAAAAGUAAAGAAUAGCUUUGUGCUUGAUGUUAUGAAGUUUGAGGGCUUCGGAAAGAAUGACUUAAGAAAAUUAAAAGUUAGUCCAGACUCGAUAUGUCAGCUUUCAUUCCAGAUGGCAAACUGGAGAUUCAAGAGGGAGUUUGUGGGUUCUUAUGAGUCCUGCAGUACUGCUGCAUUCAAAUAUGGCAGAACUGAAACAAUCAGACCCUGUACCAAAGAAACAAAAGCUUGUAGCAUCGCAUUUGACAAAGAAAAUCCAGCACAGUUAGAUGAGAUGUCCGAACUAUUGAGUGCUUGCUCCAAAAAACACAACAAACUUACAAAAGAAGCUGCCAUGGGCGCAGGAUUCGACAGACAUCUCUUUGCUCUGAAGUUCCUAAAUAACAAACUAAACGGUGCACCGCUCCCCAUCUUCGAGGACCCUAACCACGCUAAACUAAACUACAUAAUCCUCUCCACCAGUACGUUAGUAUCCCCCGCGCUGGAGGUAGGCGGGUUCGCUGCGGUGGUUCCUGAUGGGCUCGGGAUUGGUUACGCCAUGUUUGAUGACUGGUUUGGUACUCAAGCUUCUUACUACCCUCCAGGUAAUGAUGGUAGUGAGUUUAUAAAGGAACUAACUGGGGUUUGUGAGGACUUGAAGACAGUGCUCAAUGGGAAGAGUUUUAAAGAGCCAAGACAAGUUUAGACUCUAGACUCUAAACUUUAGAGUUUGUCUUUAGUGGAGAGAAAUUAGGAAGAUUAGAGAAGUAGACUUAUAGUUGCGGCUGUGCCUGUGUGUAUAAUGGGAUUUUAUAGUUACUGAAUUUUAAUUGCUAUUAAAUCAUGCUACUUAAUUUUAGAGAUUGUAUUUAUAAGACAAUUAAAAACGUCACAACUUGACAAGUAUUAUCAUUCUCCGUCACAUUUUGGGUGGUGUUCUAUUUUGUGUGGUUGAGCUUCGUUUGUGUUUUCCGAAGUAAGCAUAGUGUGGUAUUUCGUUCAUUGUUGAAUUUAAUUUAAUAUUUUAGUCAUUUCAGAAUGUAAUAAUAACAUGUCACAAGCAAUUUUCUGUGAACAAAGAACCGUGUGUCAUCUUUAUAUUCCAUUGAUAAUUUGUUUCAAUUUAAAUAUAAGUAAAUACAUUUCAAACCUUAAUUUAUAAAUCAAUCAAUCUAGGAAGCUUUCAUCUGUCAAAUAUCAGUUUUACAUACCAUGAAGUUUUUCGGUAAUUCAUAAAUUUCAAAACAUGUAAUCAUCAGGUCUGCUCUGUAAUUAUAUAAAUUUUAAAGAUCCGAUGAUUCACUUCAUUAUUCACUUAUUACUUAGUAUUGGAUAGAUCUGGAUAAUUGUGGAUAAUGGUGGGGUGGGAGGAGAACCAUAUUUGUUUUGACCAGGGAUCGACCGGGGACGAAAUUUAGCCGGGGCCGGGGCCGGGACCAAGUUGAAUCAGCCGGGGCCGGGAUUAAGCGGGAUUUUGAAAUGUUGCCAAGGCCGGGGCCGGGAUUGGCUAAAAUAUGCCGGGGCCGGGGCUGGGGACGGGAUUUUUUAAUCUAAUUUUGAAAAUUUUUUUUUUCAAAACUUUUGACCCGUGAAUAUGGUUAUCCUCUCCAUCUGUAUCCAGAUCUGUAGGUUAAGAUAUUAAUUUUAUAAAGUAUAUAGAUAUUUGACAUAUUUCAGCUGUCAUUGCAUGUAGAGUCACAAUGUAGCAUUAGUAGUUUAGUUACUUCUGUAUACAGAAAUAAGGUUUUUCUGUGCUCCUUUUACCUCAUAUUUGAUAUCAUUGAUGGAUUUGUAUAUUAGAUUUUAGAAUUGUAUCCCUGUUUUGCACA